GACCACUUUACGACAGGGAACAGUCUUCCACAUGGCCUCCAACCAGGCUGGAGCUCGGGUGUGUGUUUGAGUUUCGGUCGCUAAGCCUGAGAGGAGAACGGGGAGGGGGAAAAAAUCACGUUACAUGCGUAGUUAGCACUUUAUAAUAGAGACAGAAAUGGGUAAAAGUAAAACCACUAAAUUUAAACGUCCGCAGUUCAACGCCGUUGGAUUGCCGGUGAAUGCUGUGAAGGAACUGGACGCUGAGGAAGAAGAGCACGGUGAUGAUAGCUGUCCAGCUGCGGAGUUACUGGAGAAAUUGCAGAGUCCCAGUGCAGAUGUGCGAGAGUUUGCAUGUGCCAGCAUUUCUCGGGUGGUGCAGCAGAGUCAGACCAUCCCAGGCUUCCUCCAGAGGGAUGCUGUGAGGCGCCUCGGGCCCAUGCUGCUGGACAGCAGCCUGGCUGUCAGGGAGACUGCCGCUGGAGCGCUCAGGAAUCUGAGUGCAUGUGGCGGUCAGGAGGUGUGCGAGGACAUGGUAAAGCACGACGUCAUGACUCCAUUGACAGCACUGCUUAGAGAGAGCUGUGCCGGUUUUGAGCGCGAUGCUGUGCCAAUGAAAGACCAGAAGAAUGCAGUGGAGGAUGUUGCCAACGAGGCUGUGAACCUAUUGUGGAAUCUAUGUGAGUGCAGCAGCCAGUCGCUGUCGGUGUUCAACAAAUCGGGUCUCCUGGAUAUGGUUGUCCAGUGUCUGGAGAGACACGCACACAACAUGGAACUGGCCAUUUCUGCUGCCCACUGUUUGCACACUGUGACUGAGGAUAACCCAGAGCUGCUAUGUAGCAUCAACACCGCUGUGCUUGGAGUCGUGGAGAACGUGCUGCUGACAUCUCAGCCAGGCAUGACACACACUCUCCUCAGGACAUUGGCUGCAGGGACCCUGUGGAACAUGAAGGGCAGUUUGCCUGUUGCCCGUCAGGCCCAGACCCUUAACGCUGUGGUGGCCACCUUGUCACAGUGCCUGGAUCUGGACACAGGUACACUGAUACCUGAACUCAGACAGGCAGAAGAGGGUCGUCACAGACACACGCCAGCAGCGGCAGACAUAGAAGACCAAGCUGCAGGAGAGCCCGCUGUGGCGGAGAUGGACGAGGAGGAGGAGGAAGCACCACCUCAACGCAAGAGGAAUGGAAAAGCUGCGACGAUUGAUAAUGACUUCUCUGACCUGUUGCCUAGGGACAAGGAGGAGCUGAGGGAGGCAACGGCCUUGCUGACAGCCCAGCAAACGUCCUUAGAGAUCAUCGUCAACAUGUGCUGCUCAGACGACCCUUCUGACGACGAGUGGGAGGAGGAGUCGAGCAGCGAUGAAAGCGACAUGGGUCCGGAUGGCCUUUGUGAUGGAGUGUCCAAUCUUAUGUCUCCACUGUGUUUGUCAGCUGAGGUCCACGGGGCCUUGAUCAACCACAGCAUCCCUGAGAAGGUCCUCAAAAAGACUGAGUUCCCCAGGAAGGAAGCCAUGGAUGUGUGCCAUCAGAAUUCCUCCUGGAGAGGCCUGAUAAAAAAGAUACAGCGUGUGCAGUCCCGGGCGCUGACGUGCCUCCACAGCAUCCUCUCCACCAUGGACGCCGAAUCUCUGGGAGGGCCGGCAGCCCUGCAGGGAGCAGCACAGCACCUGUCCACGCUGGUUUUUGGUGCAGCAGAGAUACCCAAAGAUGAGGAGUUCCUAGAGGCCGUCAUCAGCGCCAUGCGGUCUCUUUUACAGAUGAUUGCCUCCAAAAAUAUCUCCCAGUGUAUGACCCCCCAGCAGCUGAUGAGCCUGAGCGAAGCAGCCACCCGCUGCGAUGUUGUCAGUGUAAGGGUCAACGCCGUCGCCAUUCUGGGCAUCACUGGCAGCACAUUGGCCAAAGAGAAGGGCACUGCUGAAACCCUUCAGAUGAUUGGCAACGCCUUACUUCAAGUUGCCACAAGGGAUGCUGACCUGGUUGUGAACGGAGAAGCCCUGGACGCCUUGUUUGAUGUUUUUGCAGAUGGAGACGAGGCAGAGACAGCUGCCAAAAACAUCCAGUUACUACCUGCACUGAAGGCACUUCAACCCGUCUUUAAGGCCAAGAUUCGUAAAGAAGGAAAAGGCAAGUACAGCCCCCAGCAGCUGUGUGUGCUUGACAACAUCAAAGUCAACCUGAGAAGAUUUAUUGGUUAUCUGGAGAAGGUGGUGAAAAAUUAACGACUUGACGUUGCAGACAGUUGAAGCUGUAUGGUUUGGACCUGCUAGCAGGAGCAUAGAACGAAACAGAAUGUGGUUGUGAAACAACCAAGUAUUUAUUAUGUUGGUAGUAAACCAUUUGUUUUUGCUUGGUUUCAAUGUUAAUAUUCUCUAAAUAAUGAUUAACUAUUUCACUUGGUGAUGUGAUUUGUUGUGAAGAAAGAUGGAGUGAAAUCUGAUAUUAGUCAUUAGUUAGGUUUUUAUUUUUGCUCCCUUAGUUGAUAAAUAUCCCCCAAAAUGCUUGUCAGACUUGAAUUUGUCUAAUUUCAUGCCCCAUAGUAACAUUUUUCAGAGAUCAGGAGUGGUGACACCAAGUUUUGACAUGUGUGCCCUUAAUUUUGUCCCGUUUCAAUGGGCCAAACAUUGAAGUUUCCAGUUCUGCUACAAGGGGUGGGAGGUAGGGCUUUGACUUUUGCCCAAAAAUCAUAUUCGAAGUUUGUUUGUUCAUUAAUAUUAAUAUUCGAAUAUAUUCAAAUAUUUAUUAAUAAUAUUUGGACCAUUAAAUGCCUUCAGUAAGACCUAUAUUGGUAAGUUUUAGAUGUUCUGUCCACCAGAGGGCAGUGUAUCAGUCAAUGUUAAUAGGCAGAUGAUGUUUUCAGAAGAAAAACACUGCCACGACUGUUUUUGCAAGCCACCGCGACAUGUAGUUACAUUUUGAAAUGUGUGAAAAAGCCUCGGAAUCUGAAUUGAAAAUGUUUACAAGCAAACACAUUUACAAAAAAUAAUGCCCAUAACAGGUGUGAAUAUUAAGGGCUGCCUAAUAUUCGUUCGAAUAUCUUUUUUUUAAAUUUAAUAUUAGAAUUAUAUUCGAAUAACAAAGUUCGGAGUCAAAGCCCUAGUGGGAGGCAGAGCUAUUCUACAUUACAGGCCCUUUAUACUGUAUGAAAGAUUGUACUAUCAGUUAAGUAAUGACAAAGAGAAGAUUUUGUAUGUGUAUUAUGGAUAUUGUGUAAUAGAAAAUCAUAAUUUUGUUAAGGAUGAAUUUGACAUGCUUAAAGAAAAAAAGACUACAUAAUUUCAGUCACUUACUAAGCUGAAAGGGUUUGGUACGCUCACUGCCAAGGUUGUGAUAACAUUAAAAUCUAUUGAGACAGACAUAUUAGCCUUAAGAAAUACACACAUAUUCUCUACCUCUGAGCUUCCUCCACCUCACAUUUCUUAGCAUUAAUUGCACACCGCCAGGCACCACUUUUCUGCAUGGAGUGUGGUAUUUCUGUGAACUGCAACUCGCCGUGGCAGCCAACGUUCUGCUAAAACCAUUUUUCUCAGUAACAUUGUAAAGUAAUUUCCAACAGUGAGAUUAGAUUGGGUGCUGCUAACACCAAUAACUGGCAAUGGUCACUCAGCAUCCACAAUUGCUGUUCUCCCGUUCUACACAACUGGACAGCUAACCCUAACCUGAACCACAGUUUUAUCAUGCUUUGAGUUGGUGACAAAGUAAACUCAUUGGCCCUAAAUAAAUGCAGUAAAUGUUAAAGAUUAAAUGAAUUCCUUUUACAUAAAAUGUCAGAAUGAACUUUCUGAUAGUUCUUACGUCGUAAGAGUCAGGCACAGUUUCUCUGGUUUCCCACGAAUUUUCAAGGAAAUGUUAACCUUGUAAAUCAUUGAUAAAAAAAUAAAUAAUUCAAAGAUACAUUUGAGGGAGAUUAUGUCAUUGGGCUGGGAAUGAAUGCCUUUUUUGAAUAAAUCUUGGUUUCUUAUAC